AGACAGUUGCCCAAGCUGGGAAUUGGCACUGUGAGGUAAUAGUGCUAACCACUGAAUCACCAUGCCACCCCAACAUUGCUGAGGUCCCACUGAGAUAGUCUUUGUAGCCUUUCUGUCAAUUUGACAAAAUGAACAAUUUUAUGCUUUGAAAAAUAUACUAAGGAUUUUUAAAAUGUGUCCAUUUGUGAGAUGUAGAUAUCACUAGAAAGGUCCAAUCUAUAGUGCCCUUGAGAAAGUGGUGGUGCCUACAGUGUUGCUAAGUAUAGAAUUUUAAAAUUUUGACAACACAAUAAAUAAACAAAAUAUAUUUCCAAGCCAAGAUGGUGACAUGAAUUUGAAAGGAAUACAGGAGACUACACUCCACGCCAUGAGAGACAAUGCAGAAAGAAUUAAAGCAAGCUGCGUUUCUGGAACAGGUCUGAAUGCUAGCAAGUCUGUGAGAUCACGAACAAAGGAGCAUGAGGAGAUGGUGCAGCUUCUAAAUGUGUGGAUAGAAGAUCAAUUGAAAAAGCAGUCUGGGACCACCUUUCUCACUAAAACAAUUUAUGAGGACCUCAGGAAAAAAGUUGAAAAUCCUGUAGAUGUGCCUUCAGUGCUGGUAGUGGCUGGUUUGCUGGAGUUAAGAACUGUUUUGCUUUUCGUAACAUAAAGUUGUGUGGCACAGCUACCAGUGCAGUUGAGGAAUGUACGCUUUCAUUUCCUCCCAUGCUGAAGAAAAUUGAUUGAGGAAGCAGGCUACACCUUAGAUCAAAUCUUCAAUUUGGGUGAUACAGGUUUAAGUUGGAAGCGAAUGCCAUUCAGAACCAACAUUUCUAAGAAUGAAGCUCACGCUCCUGGUUAUAAGGCCGCAAAGGAUCGUAUGACUGUAUUGUUGAGUGGGCAAAAGUGAGGACUGCAGAUACUGGAAGCCAGAGUGUAGAUCAGAGUGAUGUUGGAAAAGCACAGCAGG